ACCGACGAAAGCCCGCCCUCUGUCUCUACGGCCUCUUCAGGCUCCACUACUCCAAAACAAUCCAUUGCGCCUUCGACCGCCUACGAAAAUGGUAACGUUGCGGCUGCACGACCAUCGAGCGUCUUGCGAGCUUUGAACGUGGCGAACGCUGCCUCGACCUCCGCCUCUCCACUCUCCUCACGCGAUUCCUCACCCGCACGACAUAACAGCAAGACUACACAUAUGCCUGCAGGACCCUCGGCGCCGAGGCGAUCGAGGACGCAUAGCCAAGAUAUGAGCCCGACACGUCCGCCGCUUGUGCAAACCUCAAGUGGUACUGUCCCUUCAGCUGCAGCUGUUCAACGUGUCCUAUCGUCCACGAAUACGCCGCAACUAGCAGCUGGGCAAACACAUGAUUCAAAGACAUCGCGAUUGCAGAAAUCAGAAUUUAUACCAGGAGAAGGUACACCGCGCUGGCCUGUGUCACCUAGGAUAAAGUCCCCACCACCAUCCACAUCACGUUCACGGAAGAACUCUCUCAACAGUCGUUCGCAGCAGACAGCCCAGGCAACCAAAGAUACCUACCAGCGCAAGUCGGAAACCUUGGCGACACCCAACAUCGUCGUCCAGAGCUCAACACCGCCAUCAUCAUCGUCAUCGGCCGUGGCCCCGUCGCUACGCGCACCAGCAAAGAAUGAUGCUCCCAGUAGUGAUUCGGACGACCAGGCCCCCAUCACUAUGAAAGGCUCCGCCCGAGGUGUGAGUGGCGCAAAGACUACCCUAGAGACGGUGCAAGAAGGAAGCCUGCCCAACAAUUCAGACUUCGAGCUGGCAAAAUCACAGAGGGUCACCACUCAAGGUUCAAGCAAACCAGACACAGACAACUCAACACAGGAGAGCGCGGCCUUCAAGACUUCUGAAGAUCUGACCAGCAAAUCUUCAAGAGCUGUAGAGAGUGGCAGUGAAAGUGGAGAGAACAAAAACAAUGGCAAGGCCAAGGUCAUACAGCCAAAGUCUGCCACCACGCCGCGGUCUGGUCUCUCCAACCGUAGCUCGUUCACGUCAUUAACCCAAACGAAAUCACGAUCUGUCAACGAAAGUAAGAACAUGACAGUCGAAACCGAGACUGUCCCAUCGAUCCCACAAGCUACUAUCGGAGCACCCAUCGACAGAAACAUCCAAGGACGGUCUGAGGCAUCCGGAAGUCUCCGUUUGAAGCCGAGUAACGAGACGAUACGCCCAAAGAAGGAGAGGAAGAAGCCUCCUCGCAAAGCCCCCUCUGUGAAUUCCGGCACGGCGUCGUCCAAAGCAGACAUAUUCGAAGCCAAAGUCGCCAGUGCUGUCGAUGAAGCGGAUGACUCAGACUCUGAUGAGACUUUUGUCUACGAGUCAAACCCGCCGGAUGCAGAACAACGCCCGCUCCAUCAUUCACGCACACCGAGUGCAACAUCAAUGGCGAGCUUGGCGGAUCAAAGACAGAGCAUGCGGUCGAUCGGCAACGCUUUUGACAAUCAGCGUCAAGUUCCGAGCAAAAGGAGCAUGAAGUUUGCGAGUACAUAUAAUCCGAACAGUCCUGAUCAUGAUUUCCAUGAUCGAGGAGAUGGUACUGUCAGACAUGGUACAGGUCGAACUACUGGCGGGAGUAGUAUACACCAUCAUCACAUCGGCCGGCACGGGAGAGGCCCGCCUUCUAUAUUCGACAGUGACUCGCCGUUCCCGCACUCCAGCAAAGACCGAAACUCUCGGCAAAUAUCGAGGCCAUCGAGCCCCAGAGUGGCCAACCACUCAUUGCGCUAUCAGAAUGGAGCAGCUAAGCAGAACAGCGAGCUUUCCAUGUACGACAUGGCUGGAGAAGCAGCAGAUGACGAAACCACCCCUCUUAUCGGGACGGUGCGUGGGCCACGAAGCGCUCGCACGAUGCGAUCCGUACGCCCAAUCGGAGUUCCAAUGCGUCAUUACGAUCCAUAUCAACGCAACGAAGGUGGUUGGCUCAGUAGAUUUGCUGGCUGUAUUGUUAUGACUGUCAUGCUAGUCCUGUUGGUAGCCGGUGCAGUCGGUUUCCUCUUUGCAACCACGAAGCCGCUUUAUAGUGUAAAACUUGAAAAGAUCGAGAACGUUCUCGCUAGUGAGCAGGAACUGAUGAUGGACCUCUCCGUCGUGGCCAUCAAUCCCAACGUAAUCUCAAUCGCCAUCUCAGAUAUGGAUGUAAAUGUAUUUGCGAAAAGCAAGCAUGUUCCAUCCGGCCUGUGGUGGCGAGAGCAUGGCCAAAUUGGGGAUGAAGGACCAUGGAUAAGCCCGAGAAUCAAACGAAGAAAAAUUCACUCGGCAUUCAACAAGACCAUGGAGAAACUUGGGAACAAAGACGAUGGGACCGAUCCGAUUGACGAUCCUGAGUUGGAUCCCUCCACCAUGUUCAUUGGGCGCAUUUUCGAAUUCGAUUCACCCCUGUACUUUGAGGGCUCUGCACUCCAGCAACGUUUACGACGAUCUGUGGGCGAAGUGCGUCUAUCAAAACCUGGCAACAAAACAGAAGCCGGUGGUACAGAUCGAUGGGAGCAUGUUAUUCAGUACCCCUUCGAGCUCAUUGUACGGGGCGUCCUUAAAUAUGAGUUGCCUUUGAGCAGUCACGUGCACACUGCAUUGAUUCAAGCAAAUAUUACCGUUCAUCCUGAACGUGGCGUUGACGGUAACGGAACGAUGUUCGUAGAAACAUCGGAAGAGCACGAAGCUCACGGCGGAGGUGCACUGUUUUCAGUCGACUCGACUUAACGAGCCAAGUCAGACGGUUCACUCCACACGACCACAUGGAGGCGGCUCGGUACUGACCGGUUUUUCUUUUUUUAUCUUUUAUUUUUUUUUCAAGUUUUGGAAGGUUUCUUCUAUCAACGUGUGACGACCAAUAGAGCGGCAUCCUCCGCAGGGAGGCCUGGCAACAUAUACCCCAAAUUUGCUCUUCAGCACUUGUUACGAAUCUCGUUCACUACCUUGCUGGAUUUCCACACACGGUUCAACUUAUCCACAACUAUCGCCCACAGUUUUUUGUACAAUUGCGUCGUCAUGAUGACGAGCGUUCGAACGCUGCUUCUUGUACACAGAACCUUUUUAU